AUGUCGACCCGAACUUCAUCGUCAUUGACGGGUCACGCGACAUCGAUGGAGCCCCGAAAACCCACCACCAGGACGGUCGCGCAAAGAAAGGUCUACGGCAAAAGACGAACCAACGCACCGAGAGCUGUCUUCGAUCAGAAGAGCCCAGCAAGGACAAAACUAGCAUCCGCGGAUAUGGACGACACCGUCGAGGCUCUUCAGACAAAGUUGGCCAAAGUGUCAAUCAAGGACGAGCCGGUCCCUGAGCAGCAGAAAUCCGACACCACAGCCCAGGCACAAGAGGUCGAGCAGGAAGCAACUACAUCAGAACCUACCAACACAUCCAGCGAAAACUCAUCGCCUGAAGCGCCACCACACACACAAAAACCCUACGAGACAAUGGUGGAGGUUCGAAUCUGCAAUCAGCUUGGAAAGAAGACGUCUGCAAAAACCCAGCAGCAAAAGGAAGACAUUACGGCUACAGAAAUGAGAACGCCAAGGAAGAAGAAAACCAAUCUGACCACGCGAAGAUCGUCUGGCUUUGUCCAUGACACCAAAGUAAAUGCCUACGUCCGCCCUAUCCUCAACGAAGCCCUAUCAUCCAUCGCAUCCCAGAGUAUCCAAAGGUUCAGCACAUGGGCCUCCCGCUCCGCAACAAUGUUCCACGUCGCCAAACUUGCUGAAGGCUCCUACGGUGAAGUUUACAAACUCCACCUCCGUGACGAAGCUUCCCGACCACCGGUCUCCAAGUCCAAGCUGGCCAGACUCCGUGCAUACGGUGACGGGGUCUUCAAAGUGGUCCCGCUCUGCGCACAACGCGGACCGCGCUCGAAGAAAUUCACGUCCGUUGCAGAAAUCGUCUCCGAGGUCAAGAUGCUGAAGUACCUGGACCCGAUUCCCGGAUUUGCACGGUUCAGGGAGAUUCACGUCGUGCAGGGUCGUUUCCCGGAGUCUUUCCAGAGUGCGUGGGAUCAUUAUAAGGAGACCAAGGAUGAUUGCUGGAAUCCCGAUCCCUCUAGUAAGAAGGCGUAUCCGGAUACCCAGUUGUGGGCGAUUAUUGAGAUGGAUGAUGCGGGGUGUGAAUUGGAGAAGUUCUCUUGGUCCUCGAUCUUCCAGAUCUAUGAUAUCUUUUGGGGGGUGGCGAUGGCUUUGGCGCGGGCUGAGGAAUAUGCUAUGUUCGAGCAUCGCGAUCUUCACUUGGGCAAUGUGUGCAUUCGCUCUACGCGGCCAGAUGGCAACAUGGAACCACCAAUAGAGCUCGACAUUGCGCGCCAAUCUUCACUAAGUGGCUUUGGUUAUAGUUGUCUCGAGACUACUAUCAUCGACUAUUCGCUCUCUCGCGCUGAUCUGCGUCUAGCUGAUCUACCGGAUGAUCCCGAAGGCGUUGUAGAGAUCGCAUCAUCCGACCUAGACAAGAGACAGAUUUUCGAUGCAGUCGGCCAAGAUGAGGAUGAAGCUCUCCUGAGAGACACAUACCGCUAUAUGCGGGCAACACUAUACACCGGUGUCCCCACUGAAACAGAGAAAUCCCCAGAUGUACCUGGUAUCUGGGCCGAGUAUGCGCCCCGAACAAAUCUCGUCUGGCUUCUCUUCCUGCUCAAGAACCUCUUGAAGAACCGCAAAGCCGAACCUGCACAGCAUACGUCCAAGCCAGAGCGAAAGGCUCUUGCGGCCUGCUCGCCAAAUCGAGCAUUGAUGAGCCCGCAGUCAAAUGGCAAGACGAUCAAGGCAAAAGAAAUCAGCGCUGAAGGUGACCUUCUCCGGAAGCGACAAGCUAAGGACAUCCAGUCCCGAGUCUCCCAGCUAGAGCAAACGCUCGAGGAUAGACUGAAGUCCGUGCUUGAUCUUUUGGAUCUCGAGAACGGCCAUGAGGACAUGUGUUGCGCGGCGGAUCUGGUUGCUUACGCGAUGGACUCGCAGUGGUUGGAUGAGCAGGAUUUCUUCUGA